GAAGAAAGAGGAAAAGCACGUUGAGUUUUAAUCAGAUGAAUGUGAGUGGAUGUUUGGACACUGUGGACAUGGAGCUGCAGAUCCUUCAGCCCAGCGCGUCCUGGAGCUUUACCCGCAUGGAAUGACCCGCACACGGACAACUGCAGCGGAGUUCACCCAGACCGGGAGACCCUGACAAGGAAAGGAGGUAAAAGGGCAAAGACGUCAAGGAACCAUCUGUGGUUGGUUAACGGUCAGCCACAGCUUCCUGCAAUGCCAGAGGACGCCAAUAAGGACGCCAUGAGAACGCCAGCAGCCACCCCGGAGAAGGCCAAUAACGGUGAGCAUCCAAUGGCCAAUGCUACCACGGUCAACAUCCCGCUGGUCAAUGAAGUCCAGUUGACGGCUGCGACCGGAGGCGCUGAGCUGUCGUGCUACCGCUGCACCGUCCCAUUCGGCGUGGUGGUGCUGAUCGCUGGCAUCGUGGUCACCGCUGUGGCGUACAGCUUCAACUCCCACGGGUCGACCAUCUCCUACUUCGGCCUGGUGCUGCUGUCGGCCGGGCUGGUGCUGCUGGCGUCUAGUGUCGUUUGCUGGAAGGUGAGGAUGGAGAGGAAGAAGGAGAGGAGGCGGGAAAGUCAGACGGCGCUGGUCGCAAACCACAGGAGCAUUUUUACUUGAACUACAACCUGAAUCCGAGGUUCUGGACUCGGAUGUGUUGGAUUUCCGACCUUUAAAUGUUUAAAGACCCAAAGCUUGAAGACAUUACGAGGGAUUUAUUUGUCAAACAAACAUCGUGCAUCUGGAAAACUGGGAACGCUGCCAGGAGGAAUGUAUCACAAUUAAGAUGAAUUACCACCGUGCGAAGGAAGUCUCCUAUUAAUCUGCUGGCUUUGAUUGUAACGGGAGGGACUGUGGUUUUCCAAAAGGAGACAGGAAACUCCAGGAUGGUGAUUCAUGCCUCAUUUACUUUGCUUCAACUUGCACAUAUCUGUUUCUAAACUCUCAUUAUUCAUCUCACGGGGUUGAUUUAUGUAUCGCCUGUUGUGGGGGUAAGGUACUUGAGUUUAUUGGCUCGUUUCUGACACAAAGACAUGAAGUUUUGACGAUAAAAUGCUGAUAUGUUUUAUUUCAACUCCUGAUGAUAGGCAUAUAGAGAGAAUAUUUAACCUCAAAAAUGUAUUCUCAUAAAGCACUUUGAGUCAUAUUCCGAAUUAAAUGACAAGUAUUCACACAUUUAGGACAUGUUUCAUCAGAUUAAUGUAAUCAUCAGUCAUUGUCCAUAUUAUAAAAGGUCAUUAAAUGUAGCACAUGUUUUAUUUUAAUGUAAUCAUUUGUGUGUAUUUACUGGUAACAGGACGUCAUGAGGUUUAAUAAACUUGUGUUAAUCAAAUAUACAAAGAGAUGAGUUUAAUAUGUGAUGACAAGAGGCUUAGGGAUGUGUUGAAGUGGAUUUUAUCACUUAGGAAGAAGUUUUAUGUUCCUGGAAACAUCACUAAAUGGGAUUUUCAUCUGGGUUUUAUUAGACGGAACCAAUCGCAACCAUUGAUCAGAGUCAAUCUGAUAGUAUCUGUGGCCAACGUUGUUUUUUGUUGAUCAAGUACACCCUAGAAAUCCAAAAAAGAUGCUCUAUUAAAAAGACAGUGAACAUUCACCAAAGGUACCUUUAACUUUGGUUCACUUCCUGUCUCCAAAGUGGGCGUGGUCAGAAGGGUUGGCAAUGCCAGGUGGUUAAAUGUAGAUUAAUAAAAACAACAAAAAUACACUAAUAUCAAGUUUCUAUUGGUAUGUAACAUUAUUUUAUCAGAAUUAUGACUCUGAUUUUAUUUCCCUGGUUACUGGUACCUCAUCCAGAUGAGAUUUUGUAAGACAGGCCUCAAACAAACUCAAUCUCCACCAUUUAGAAAUGCCAUUGUAGUGUCAGAAUGUUCAGAAAACAUGUAGCUUGUGUCAGAGGGGUUCAGUAUUUACAGUGACUUUGGGGCAAAAGAAUCAGUUGAAAUCUUUAGCUAAGUCAUGUCAUGGUCACUUUUUAUAUCAGAUGAAAUUGAACCAAAUAUGCUUCAAAUGUAACAAAGGGGCGGAGCUGUGGAGAAACCAUGUGACACUGAAACAGGAAGCUAACAUGAAGGUUCUCUGUGGCAAUAAUAUUUUCAGUAGAAGCACCUGAUGUGUGUGUGUGAAGGUUAUGUAUGUUCUGAAAAGACCAUUUAUUUCCUUAUAGUGUUGCUGCAGAUCCUUAUUGUUAAGGUAAUUGACAGUUAAUAGUUCAGUUUUAUUAGCAGUAACACCAUGAUGAUGCUCUGCAUUAUACAGUUGUAUAACAUAACAUAAGAACAGGAUAAUGUUGCAUUUAAUGUCCUCAAACUCAUCACUGAAAUUGAAGAUGAUGGACUUUAUAAUACCUCGAUAAGAAAAAAUAAAUAAA